CCUCAAUGCUUGGUGUUCAUUUGGCAGCCAAGACGGCUGACUUGAUCAUGAUGGAGCCAAGAUUAGUAGACACGACUGACUACAUGCUUGCGUGGACCCCAGCUCUAAAGGCUAUGUUGUUGAUCGGAGGGACCACAGGCGUAACAGGAAAGCUCGAUUAUCUGAACUUUUAUUCCUUUAGUACUACAAGUGGCUGGGAGGAUCUUACUCCCUUAGCUAAGGGUACCAUCCCUCCACCACGGAUAGGAGGCUGUCUCGUCCCAGCCUACAACGGCGCAAAGAUGAUCCUUUUUGGAGGAUUUGCCAAAGGCAAGGCUUCAACCAUGAGGGACAUCUACAUUUUGGAUGUCACGACAAUGGAGUGGACCAAGGGUCCCGAUGUCGCUGCUGGCAGCGAGCGUGGACAGCCUGCGUGUGCAUUCUCAAACGAUCAGUUCAUCGCCUGGGGGGGUAUGAACUCCAACUCAGCGCAUCCAGUCAAUAACACAAUUGUAUAUAACAUCAAGACCAAUACUUGGAGUACAUCCUUCGUAUCUCAAUCUCAGUUGGUACCAACAGCUUCGACAAAAACUCCCAGACAGCCAUCUAGGCCCACUUCAUCCCAAUCGCAUGCUCCUUCCAACCCUCUUGCCUCCGAUCCAGCGAGCUUAACAGAGAGUGAAAAAAGUCCUCACCUCGGCGCCAUUCUUGGUGGUGUGUUUGGUGCGCUCUGCCUCAUCGCUUUGGUUGCAAGCGCAGUAAUAUAUAGUGCUAGACGUAGACGGCAAGACUCCCGCUCCGACAAGCCCAUUCGCAUCUCCAGUCUCACGCCUAGCAAUGAGGACAAUGGUGAUAGCAACAAUAACAAUAACAACGGUCCGAUGCCAACGUAUAGGAUAGAAAUGGCUUCUGCGAGUAUGUCUACUCUGAAUGCGCAUGGUGCCUUACCUCGGCCUUACAGCCCUGCUUGCCCUCGAUCCGUCUCCUUUGAGUCUGCCACGCCUACAGAGUCGCCAUUGCCACCACUGCCAUCGCAGCAACAUUCACAGAAUAUGACCUACCUCACCCCCAAUACCUUGGCUGCAUCUUCUCCUGCUCUUCCAUCCUAUAGAGCCGCGCCUCCAUCCUACAGAACUUCUCCUGCUAAUUCUCCGUCGUCUUCUCCGUCGUCUUCUCCGUCAUCUUCACCCUCCCUCUCUCCAUUGAAUACGUUUGCAGCAGUGCAGCAAGAUGUAAUUCCACAACAGCAGCAGCAGCAAAAUGUUGUUGCCGCUCCGUUUGCGUUUGCCAUGGCUGCUACGGCCCAGUCGGAUCGCACUAGCUGCGACAGCAAGAAGGGAGCGGAGAGUGACUCAGAGAUAUCAAAUCUCGACUCCAGUAGUGUCAUUUUCAGCGACAAUAUUAUGCAAGCAUACCAUGUGCCCCGACCUUAUUCAUUUCAUCCCCGUGCAAGCAUCGUUCGAGCCAGUGUACAAAGCUUCCAAGCACCUUCUGUCAGAAGAUCCACAAUCUCUUCCAUGUAGU